AUGACAGCGGAACAAGGCUCUCCCCAGCCUGACCUGUUCACCGACCCCGAGAUCCAGUCCUUUCUGACAUGGAAAGAAGAGAACAGUUGCCAGGGUAUAACUUUCAACGACGGAUCCUCCUAUACGACAUGUCAAUUCGUUCCAGAUCGAGCAAUCACCGAGUAUUUCGACUGCAGCCGGGAUAGUAGUUACUCAAAGGUCAAGAAACUUGUCGCAGCGGCGACCAUACACGCUUCCAAGCCUCCUCUGGACGUGCGUGCCGUUGCGAAACACUGUCCCAAAGUCUUCACUAUCCUGGUAACCAUCGGCCACUCGCAGUAUAUCGACUCCUUUGUCAGGGAAUCGACGCUGCGCGACAGCAAAUUACCCUUUCUCUCCGACAAGCGAGACUUUUUCCCUAAACUCGGCGGCGGCGCAACGUUUUUUGACGAGUUCUACAAGACCCAGUGGCAAUUCUGUGUGGAGGCUUUGAGCUACAGUCUCGGACCUGUAAGAUUUGAAAACGACAGAAUCCUCCCAAUCACCUCGAUGCAGAAGGUGGAUAAGAACGAUGGUUCAAGCGCCUCUGUCCACAAGUUCACAAUCCAUGAAGAAUACGACGAAUUGUGCAAAAGUUCAGAUCCCCAAGGCGACCCGCAUGAAUACGUUGUGAAGUCUUACUACCCGCUUGGGGCAGACGAUUACUAUUCUGCCGAAGUCGAGGCGUUUCGCAAACUGAACGAGUCAUCAGCACCAAUGCCAAACCUGAUAGGAUUCUAUGGUGCUUUCACACAGAAUCAAAGUCGUCACAUCAUUCUUGAAUAUGCCAACGUCGGUACUUUGGAGGAGUAUUGGAAAAAAGUUCAGCCCCCAAAGCUGGGACAGGACAUAGUGACUUUGUGGGACAAUUUCUUUAAGCUUAAUAAGGCCCUCGUGCAGAUACAUGAGAACAUGGGCACUGACCGCGCGGGACGACUGCAAAUAUUCCAGGGCUGCCAUGAAGACAUCAAGCCGUCUAAUAUCUUAGUCUCUGGUGAUGUCGACAAGAAGCCGUACGAUGUUCGGUUCAUGCUCGCUGACUUGGGUUUGAGCCACUUUUCGGCUACUGUUGAGAGCGAUCAGAGUGUCACCAGGGAGAGCAGAGGCGGCUCACAAGCUUACGGCGCCCCGGAGCUGAACCGAGCGAGAAGCUCUAGCCAUCACCCCCACAUAUCCAAGGCCCCUCAGAGUGGUGACACGUGGUCACUCGCCUGUGUCUACAGCGAGUUCCAUGCGUGGACGGUGGAUGGAUUGGAUGGCCGAUAUGGAGUGCGCAAAUAUCGUCAGGAGAGAAUGGGUGACGUGGGUGUUGACAAGACCAUGGGCGCUUGUUUCCAUGAUAAAACAGGACAUCUUCUACGCAAGGUGAGAACCUGGCACGCUGACUCCCAAAGGGUAUGCGCGAGGGAGGACUCUAUAACGCCUAUCCUGUGGGACAAACUGCUCAAAUACAUGUUUGAGCCGUCACCGUCGUCUCGCCUCCGAGCGCAUCAAGUUCUCCGCUACUCCGAGGACGUCAUCGAAGAAGCUCGAAAUAAAUUGACACCGUCAUCGGCAUCCGACGAGCCCGAGACCGCACCAUACCAGCAGAAUGGUUCGAGGCCAAUGACGCCGCCACAACUUCCUCCCGAACUCCAGUACCAGCAGUUGCAUGGCCAAAGUCAUGUCGGAUAUCCUUGGACCCCUCCUGAUGAUCAUCGAAUCGAGCUUCCUCAUAAUUGGGAUUGCGAUCACAGCCCCAGACUAGCGCAGAGUCCUAGCAGUCGUGAUGCUGACAGCUCAUCUCUGAACAGAAACGGUAACCGAGAAUCAUCCUCGUCAAUAUGUGGAUUUGGUCGAGAUUCUUUCACCCACGGAAGCGCCAGCAUUUCCAUUCAGCCGGAGCCUCAAGACAAAGGUCCUGAUCAUGUGAAGAUGCCACUUCACGACAGGGCUCAGACAGAACUGUUGGCAUCAAGAAGUGCCGACGUCGCCCACACCUCCUCAAACCCUCAUUCUACACUCAUGCGAAGCCCCACCGCCCCCCUGGAUACCUUCAGCCGCCGCCAUCAACCUUCAUCCCCAGGUGUAGAAAGCCUUCUGGAACCUGCAGGGCUUUCCGACAAGGCAAGAAUCAAAGGGAAAGAAAAAGCAGUAGACACGACGCCAUCAGGGAGCACGCAUAACAGAGCUCCAUCCAAGUCCUUGACGGUGAGAGAAUUGAUUGAUUGGGUUCAACAAACGCAAGAGAGCAGAAGAAGGUUCCGCCGGCAAGAAGAUCUUCCCCUUCCUUACGAGAAUGAGCUUAUUGGUCAUCUGAAAAAAAGAGACCACGUCUUUAUAUUGGACGACAGCGAAAGCAUGGACCCUUACUGGCCCGAUCUCACCCAGCUUUACGGUAGCCUAAUCUAUAUGAUUAAAAAGAAAGAACUCGAUCCAAAUGGAAGCGAGCUGCGAUUCAUAAUAUCCGACGAACGGAAAGAAGAGCGGCACACUACCAAGCUCAAGAAUAUGGUCAGAGAAAGAGGUAAAAGCCUCACUGGGGAGUCUGACUUUGCUCACCGACUUGACGAAAUUCUGGAAGCAUAUCAAAAAAAGCUUGCAGUCAACUCGGAUACCAGGCCCAUAAGUCUAUAUGUCUUUACUGAUGGUAGGUGGCAACCUGGAGACCGUCAGCUGGACGCUGUUGCGCGUUCUAUCAAGAGACUGGUGGACUACCUCGAGAAACGAGGUAAAAGGGAGGGAAUGGUAGGCAUUCAGUUCAUCAGGUUCGGUAAUGAUGAAGUUGGCAUAGAGAGACUCCGGUGGCUGGAUGAAGACCUGAAGGAAGCCCGGGGAUUGGCGAGGGACAUAUGUGACACGACAAAUGCUGACGGAAAUGUGUGGAAGAUGCUGCUUGGGAGCAUCAAUGGCUAUUGGGACGCCGACUGA